AGAUUCCAUAUGCAACAAGCUUUGCACAUUUACUAUAACACAAAAAGAAUUUAUGAAUCAGCAUUGGUAUCAUUGCCAUACUUGCAAAAUGAUAGAUGGAGUUGGUGUAUGUACUAUAUGUGCAAAAGUUUGUCAUAAAGAUCAUGAUGUCACAUAUGCAAAAUUUGGAUCAUUCUUUUGUGAUUGUGGAGCCAAAGAAGAUGGUAGUUGCCAGGCUCUUUUAAAAAGAAGCCCUAAAGUUACCAAUGAAAAUAAUGCACCACAGCCUUCUACUACUGGCUUCUCUUUUGGGUCAGAUUCCAUCUUACCUAGCUCAUUGCGGAGACGACCAUCUUCUCCGACAGCUUCUGGUGCUGGUGCUUCUAAUGGAGAACAGCUGCGUAGUCAGUCAUCCGAAAGCAAAAAGACAACUGAUGAGACUCUUAAACACAAGCAGACUUUGGCAAGACAGCUGGAGGCUUCAAAAGAUGUUCUCUUGAAUUUUAUGGCUACUACAAACAUAGCUUCCACAGUGUUAGAGCUACUGCAGUAUCUGAUGCCUGCAAUAAGUCAAUCUUGCCAACGAAAUUCUCCAAUAGGGAGCUCUAUAAGAGCACAAAAUGCUUUGUUAGAACUUCAUACUCAGGAUAAAGUGUUUGAUCAGAGUGAUCAAUUAAUGUUACCUACACUGGGUUCUCAAGAGGGAGCUUUUGAAAAUGUGAGAAUGAACUAUUCUGGUGACCAGGGGCAAACCAUUCGACAAUUAAUAAGCAGCCAUAUGAUAAGGAGAGUUGCCAUGUGCUGUCUAGCAUCACCUCAAGGGAAACGUCAGCAUUUAGCAGUGAGCCAUGAGAAAGGCAAGAUCACUCUGCUCCAACUCUCGGCUUUACUAAAGCAGGCAGAUUCCAGUAAAAGAAAGUUGACAUUAACACGUUUAGCAUCAGCUCCUGUACCAUUCAUGGUUUUAUCUAUUACUGGAAAUCCUUAUAAUGAAGACUUUUUAGCAGUAUGUGGCUUAAAAGAUUGCCAUAUUUUGACAUUUAGCGGAUCAGGUUCUGUUUCGGAUCAUCUCGUAUUGCAUCCACAAUUGGAAUCAGGAAAUUAUAUCAUCAAAGCUAUGUGGUUGCCUGGAUCCCAAACUGAACUAGCACUUGUAACAGCAGACAUGGUUAAAAUAUAUGACUUGUCCCAAGAUGCUCUGAGUCCACAAUUUUUCUUCUUGUUGCCAAGCGAAAAAAUCCGUGAUUGCUGUUUUGUAUUUUCUGAUGAUGGCCAGCGGCAUUUAGUUUUAAUGUCAUCUGCAGGUCACAUAUAUUACCAACCUAUGGUUGAAGAGAGUUGUGCAAAACAUGGUCCCUUUUAUGUCACUAACAUUUUGGAAACAAAGCAUCCAGAACUGAAGGAUUCGAAUGGCAUGAUCGGUGGAGGAGGUGUUUCGAUUUAUUAUUCACACACGCUGCAACUUCUGUUCUUCAGUUAUACCCAAGGAAAAAGCUUUAUAGCACCUUUAUCAAGAAUGUCAUCACAACUAUCCCAGAUGUUUUUAAUUCAAAUGAAAAAUAACAGCAAUAAUGGAAAUAAUAGUGGAAAUAGUAAACCAAGUCCACAGCCACUAUGUCAAUGGUCUGAAGUUGCCAAUCACCCAGGGCUGAUAUUGGCUCAGAUGCAAGCUUCUAAUAAUCCUGUUAUAUUAAUGGUGAAGCCAGAUACAGUACUAGUGCAAGAAAUUAAAUUUCUAACCGCAAAGUCAAAAAUAACAGAUAUGGUGGCUAUUAGGCAUGUAAUCACUUGUGGUGAACUUCGAACCACAUUAAUUCUUUUAUGUGAGGAUGGAAGCCUUCGCAUUUAUAUGGCUAAUCAAGAUCAGACAAAUUACUGGUUAACACCAGCAUUUCAGCCAGCAUCUGUCUCAAGUUCAUCCAAGCCAUCGAAGAAAAAGAAAGCUGCUAAAAGUGGCCGCCCUGUUGGUAGCAUAACAUUUCCUGUUGACUUUUUUGAGCACUGCACAGCAAUGAAUGAUAUUGAAUUUGGUGGAAAUGAUGUUCUUCAAGUUUACAACACACAGCAGAUUAAACAUCGCUUAAAUACUACUGGAUUGUAUAUUGCUAGCACAAAAGCAGCAGGAUUUGCAAUAGAAGUUAACAAUUCAGAUAACUCUAUGGUGAUGGUAGGAUGUCGUAUCCUUGUUGGCAAUCAAGAUAUUCAAAGAGCUCCUUCCUAUAUUGAAAUUUUUGGACGUAGUAUCCAAGUAAAUUUAACAAGGAAUCGUUGGUAUGAUUUUCCAUUUUCACGUGAAGAAUCAUUAACUGCUGAUAAAAAAUUGACAAUAUUUUUUGGGGCAAGUUCUGAUCCUUCUGGUGUGACUAUGGUUGAUUCUAUUAAAAUUUUUGGCAAAACAAAAGAGGCAUUUGGAUGGCCAGAAGAUAAUGAUGAUUUCCCAACCCAGACAGCUUCUGGAACUGCUGGUACAUCUGGUACUGAAGCUGGAGUAGAAGUUGAUGGUAUCCCUGCUGCGCCAUUGCCACUUACUCCAUUGGAUAGGCUUGUCAGUAGCAGUUUAGAACUUUUAGAUGGAUGUUUCUCAGCUGGAUUAAGUUCUGAUGAUAAACAACAAUUAAAAAAUAAUGCCAUUGAUUUAUCCACAACAAUGUUGACUUUACCUACUCCCCCUGUGGUGCAUGAACAUGUAAAAACAUUAUUAGCAACACUUCACAACAGUAGAAAUGCAUAUUGCUCUCAUAAAGAUGAAGCACUUUUGAAUUAUGUUCUCCAUUGUUUAAAUGCUAGUCAGGAUGGUAAACCAACAGAUGAACUUGACGGUGAAGCUCUUUAUCGUUUAGUUGCUAUUACAAGAGGUGUAGCUGUUGCUAGACCUGCAAAUUUGGUACGAUUUGCUGAAAGUCAUGAUGGAAUGAUAAUAACCGAUUCCACAGCUCUUGAUUCUGAUCAAAGUUCAUUCAAAUUGAGCCAAGAUAUUGAAGAAAAUAGUUCAAGUUCUCAGCAAAGUGAAAGACAAAGAUCGGGUAGUUUAGACAGCCCUCAAAAAGUAGAAUUUUCAGGAUCUGCGCAUUUUAUUAUUCAACUUACUGAUGCAUUUUGGCAUUUACAUGCUAUGCAACCUUCUAAUCCAGCCAUUGCUCCUGUAUCCUUCCGUGGACUUGUUCAUGUUGAAGCAACUGUUCAUGCUUUAGUUGAAGUAAUUCAUGCUUUUACUGCAUGUGAUCUUGAACAUGUUUCUUUGGCUACUAAGCUUUAUGUAAAAUUACUUCUUUGUGAGGACACUGUUGUAAGCUUUGCUGCUAAACAAGCUUUGAUUCGUGUCUUGAGACCACGUGUAAGGAGACGAAAGGUUUUUAUUCCUUCUCCAGCACAUUGCAGUAUGCCUGGUGAAGUCCUCCAUGAAGCAGAAAGUUCUGAAAACAGAGCUCAUCCCCAACCUCAAGUUCCGUCUCAGUCAGCAGCUCCAGUAUCAAAUCAAGCUCAAGCUCAAGUACCUCCUCAACCUGAAAUGCAUGAUUUCCAUCAAGAUCUUGAGCAAUUUGAAAUAGUUGAUGGCUUGGACCCUCUUGUUCUUCUUCCAGCAGAUGGUGCUGGUGGCGGUGUACCUAACCUUGAAGCCCUUAUUGCCAGUCAAGGAGGUUUUCCAAUGUUAGACAUACCUCCUGAUGAUGAUGAAACAAUGGUUGAGCUUGCUAUAGCUUUAAGUCUGCAAGAUCAGCCUGAAGUUCAGUCAGGGGGCUUAUCAUUGCAGGCUUUAUCACUUGCUUCCCAAGGUUCACAUCAUACAUCUUCUCUAGAAGGUGGUCAUUAUUCUGAUACAACUGCUUCUGCUGGAGCUAGUGAUGAUGAAGGCAGCACUGCUGCUACUGAUGGGUCAACGCUGCGCACUUCUCCUGCGGAACAAGGUGGCAGUGCUGGCUCUGAAAGUGGUGGCAGCGGAGUUGAAUCAAUUAUGGGAGAACAUAAUGUAAGUGGACGCAGUAGUGCUUAUGGUGAUACUGUACCUGAGAGCAUCACUACAGGUGCUAGAUCUGAAACUAGUUCUGUUGGUUUACCUAGCUCAACUAUGCCACAGGGUGAAGAAGGACUUGAAAUUGAGACUGAUAUUGACACAAGUUUUCGUCUUCAUACCUUGCGUCUUAUGCUUCUAGAGAAAAUGCUGAACUAUUUGCCAGAACUUGGUGAAGUUGGAGGAGUGAGAGCCAUUCCUUUCAUGCAAGUUAUUUUAAUGCUUACUUCUGAUCUUGUAGGUGAAGAGGAAAAAGACUGUGCAGCAUUAGCAAAGCUUCUUCCUGCAUUAAUAUCUGCUUUAGAUAUGAAUAGCAAAGACCUGUCAAAAAUUGCUGAAAGAACUCCAGCAAGAGAAGUUAAUCUAAUUGUCAUGAGACUGCUAAGCAUUAUGAUGUCAAGAGUUAAAGGCUCUCUGAAGACUAGUGCCGGAGAAUCUUCAACAUUCUGUAGUAGUGCUACAGCUUUGGCUUUAGUGUCUGCUAAUGCUAUCGAUUACUGCCUGCAAGUAUUAAAAGUUUUGUUAGGCUAUUGGAAGAGCAUACAGACUGAAGAUAAGUCAUCCAGUAUAACAGGAAAUUUACUGAAAUCCCACCCUCUCUCACCACCUCCUGAUAUGUCACCGUUCUUCUUAAAACAGUAUGUAAAAGGACAUGCUAAUGAUGUGUUCGAAGCUUACCCUCAGCUUUUGACUGAAAUGGUGUUACGACUUCCUUAUCAAAUUAAGAAGAUUUUAAAUUUAAUGCCUGGAUCUCAGCCUGUUGUAUUUUCACAGUCUUGGUUUCUGUACUUGUGUGAUUAUAUGAUGAUGCAACAAACACCAUUUGUACGGCGGCAAGUAAGAAAAUUACUUCUAUACAUUUGUGGUUCUAAAGAUAAAUAUCGCCAACUUAGAGAUUUCCAUGCUCUUGAAUCUCACAUGGAAGAUGUGAAAAUGAUCUGCAAUCAAGGAGGUUAUGAAGAUUUCUCUCCUAGUAACACAAUGCUCAGUCUCUCUUAUGACUCAUUAAUCAAUAUGAUUGAACAUUUGAAAGCUUGCAGUGAUAUUGCUACAUCCCGAACUGUUAAUUGGCAGAAAUUUUGCCAGAAAGAUGAAAGUAUUCUAUCAUUUUUGAUUCAUGUUAGUUUUUUGUUAGAUGAAGGUGUAUCUCCAAUUAUUCUGCAACUUCUGCAGUGUGCUUUGUGUGGUUCGAAAGCAAUUCAGCAGCAACAACUGACUGGUAAUUCCACUCCUCAAGUAACAACUUCCCCAUCCAAGCAGCGCAAAGAAAAAGAUAAAGCUGAUACUGAAGAUGAGUUGAGUGAAUCAAGCAAAAGUGAUACUGCUCUUUGUAUGGCUUUGGCACAGCAAGUAAAUAAAUUUGUAGACAAAAGUUUGAUGAGUUAUUUUAUAUGUGCCUUCUUGCUAGAAUCAAAUUCUACAUCUGUGAGGUGGCAAGCUCAUUCCUUAAUAUUUCAUCUCCACAAGAAUUCUAAUUCUUCCCAGCAGGAAAUUUUAUUAGACAUGAUGUGGAAAUUGUGGCCCAAGCUUCCAACAUUUGGUCGUCGAGCUGCACAGUUUGUAGAUUUAUUGGGUUAUUUUACUUUAAAUAUGCCUCAACAAGAUAAAGAAAAAGAAUAUAUUGAAAAAGCUCUUGAUAUUUUACAUCAGCAAAACCAGCUGCUGAUGAAUCAUCCUAACUCAAAUAUUUAUAACUCGCUGCAAGGUUUGGUGGAGUUUGAUGGGUACUACUUGGAAAGUGAACCGUGUUUAGUAUGCAACAACCCUGAAGUUCCUUAUACUAAUAUCAAAUUAUCAGCAAUUAAGGUAGAUUCUCGAUUCACUACUACUACACAGAUUGUAAAAUUAAUUGGUAGUCAUACCAUUUCUAAAAUUACUCUUCGUAUUGGUGACUUAAAGCGCAAUAAAAUGGUCCAUACACUGAAUAUUUAUUACAAUAAUAGAUCUGUUCAAUCUGUUGUAGAAUUGAAGAAUAGGCCAUCUAUUUGGAAUAAAGCAAAGAAAUGCACCUUGGCCGCUGGUCAAACUGAAUUAAAAAUUGAGUUUCCACUUCCCAUUGUCGCUUGUAAUCUAAUGAUCGAAUAUGCUGACUUUUACGAAAAUAUUCAAGCAUCUUCUGAAACUCUGCAGUGUCCAAGGUGCAGUGCAUCUGUUCCUGCAAAUCCUGGUGUGUGCUCAAAUUGUGGAGAAAAUGUAUUUCAGUGUCACAAAUGCCGAGCCAUAAAUUAUGAUGAAAAGGAUCCUUUCUUAUGCAAUUCAUGUGGUUUUUGCAAAUAUGCCAAAUUUGAUUACACUAUAACAGCAAAACCUUGCUGUGCUGUUGAUCCCAUCGAAAAUGAAGAAGACCGUAAAAAAGCUAUUAGUACUAUAAAUAGUUUGCUGGAGAAGGCUGAUCGAGUUUACAAGCAGCUUAUUGCAAAUAAACCAGCUCUGGAGAUUCUUUUGUUACGCAUAUAUGAGCAUGGUUUGCUCGAAAAGACUCUUGAUGAAAAUGGAGGAUCUAGUUCUACUACAGCUUCAGUUUCAUCUACUAAUGUAAACCGAGCCAUUCAACAACUUGCUCAACGAUACUGUGCAGACUGCAAAGCUUCAUUUGAUGAGUUAAGCAAAAUAGUUCAAAAAGUUCUUGCAUCACGAAAGGAGCUGGUGGAUUAUGAGCGACGACAGCGUGAAACCAGAUCAAAAACAUCACCAGCAUCUCAAGGUACUCAAGAAAGUGUAUUGUUAAAGCGUCAAACUCCAGAUGAGCCUAAAAGUCCUACUUUAGCUGUAAAUGCUCCCGGAAAAUGUUAUGGAUGUGCGAGUUCUGCUGUUGAACACUGUGUCACUUUAUUACGAGCAUUAUCUACUAAUACAAGAUACAGAUUAAUUUUAUGUAGUCAAGGGUUAAUUCAUGAGCUAGUGGCAUAUAACUUAAGACAUGGAAGUGUUCGUGUAAGGCAUGAUGUUAGACAACUGUUAUGUUCACUUACCAGAGAUAAUGCUCGUGCUACUUCAGAUUUAAAUGCACUGCUGAUGGAAAAGAUCGCAACUGCUUUGAAAGGACAUGUAACUAGCCCAGAUUUGGCAGCAGCUGUGCGUCAUGAAGUGGCUCUUUUAGCUAGCAGCCUUCAGAAAGAAGAUUCAUGUUGGGAACAGAGAUUAAGAUGUGUUAUGAAAACUCUUCCUUAUGGGUGUAAUGCGAAAAGUUCUGUAGUGAUGGAAAGCAUUACACUGCCUUGUCUGAGGAUAUUGCAAGUCCUUAUCAAACCAGAGUCGUUCAUGAGCAAGAAAAACAAGGAUAAAAGUGUUGAAUCACUUGCCACCAUCAACAUAGCAGCGGGAAUGAAAGUAGGUGUAGAUUUAAAAGGCUGGCUUGCAGGAGACCCUAAACAAUCAUAUAAAAUGUGGAAGCAGCAGAUGCCUGCUAAAAUCUUGGAUCCAAAUAUUGCAAAUAUUUCAAAAAUGAAGAAAGAAGAAGUCCAUAACUUUCACUUAAUUGAAAAAUAUGGAGGAAGAUGGAGAGAGAAAACCCGUCGCCACGUGUUUCAGUUAAAAUUGCUGCAAUCAAACUGGCUUCGUCUUGUCAUGUUCAAUCCUUCCUCUCAAGCUGCAAGAACUAUGGCAUGCAAUGUUGUAGAGGCUUUAAGUCAGAUACCAAGUCGACGACGAGAAGUUCUCGAUAUGCUGACAGCUUAUUUAGAUGAUCUAGGAUCUGCAGGCGAAAGUGCUGCUGAAUUCUUAACCUUAUACCAAAAUUUAAUCAACCCUGUGCCUUGGAAAUUUUAUUUGGCUCUUCGAGGCUUGUUGCCACACAUUGGAAAUUUGAUAACCAAGGAAAUUGAACAUCUUAGCUUUUUAGAAGAGACAACUCUAAAUUCUGAUCUUUCUCAAGGUUAUGCUUUAAAAAUGCUCACUGAGCUGCUGGAGUCAUUUAUUGACGUAGCUACCAUAAGGCAACAUUACAAAUCUCGACUAGUUGGCUGUGUCUUGAAUGGUUAUCUUUCACUUCGCAAGUUGGUUGUCCAGAGGACUAAACUUAUUGAUGAAACUCAGGAAAAGCUGUUAGAAUUACUUGAAGAAAUGACUACUGGUACUGAAUCUGAAACUAUGGCUUUCAUGGCUGUUUGUGUUGAAACUGUAAAGAAAUAUGGUUUGGAUGACCUUCGGACACCAGUUUUUAUAUUUGAAAGACUUUGUUCUGUGAUAUAUCCAGAAGAGAGUGAUUCUGGUGAAUUUUACAUAACUCUAGAAAAAGACCCACAGCAAGAAGACUUCCUUCAGGGUCGCAUGUUAGGCAACCCUUACAGUUCCAAUGAACCAGGAAUGGGGCCUCUUAUGCGAGAUGUGAAAAAUAAGAUUUGCCAAGAUUGUGAACUUGUUGCUUUACUGGAAGAUGAUAGUGGAAUGGAACUUCUAGUCAAUAAUAAAAUAAUAAACCUUGAUUUACCUGUCAAGGAUGUGUAUAGAAAAGUUUGGUGUGCAGAGAACAAUGAGUCAGAAGCUAUGCGUAUAGUCUAUCGAAUGCGUGGCCUUCUUGGUGAUGCCACAGAAGAGUUUAUCGAGAAUUUAGACACAAAAGACAAUGAGGAAGUGGAUAAUGAAGAAGUUUACAAAAUGGCAAAUGUAAUGAGUGAAUGUAGCGGCCUUGAAGUUAUGUUGGAGAGAAUGGCAACUAUAACCGAUUUAUCUCGAGGACGAUCUUUGCUUACAGUGUUGUUAAAAUUAUUUGGAUUUUGUAUUAAGGUAAAAAGCAAUCGUCAGAAACUGGUUGAUCCAAAAAUGGGUGCCAUUAGAGUAAUGCUAGGCAUCCUUAGAUUGGCUUUAUCAGCUGAAACUCCUGAACUUCUGCAAGCACCUGCUGGUGGUCCUACAAUAAUAGAACAGUUACUGCAAAUCAUGGAAGUAAUAUUAGCUGAAGCUGCAACAAAGACUAAGGCACAGUAUGCUGAAUUUUGUAAAAGUUGUGGUGAAAAGGAAGAUAUAACUUUCUUGUUAUCUUCGGUAAACAGCGUCCCAAUGAAAAAUUUUUCAACUCUAUUGCCACUUUUGAUGCGAGUUGUACCUUUCUUAACAUUUGGGUCUCAGGAAAAAAUGGAAUCCUUAAUUAAUUAUUUCAAGCCUUAUUUGAACUUCAACGAAUUUGAUUUUGAGCACACUGCUGAUGACGAUUUGCAGUUGGAAUGCUUUUGUAUGCUGACAGCUGGAAUAGAAUGUAAUGUUAAUGGCAAUCAGUUGAAGGAUUUAUUGGUAGAAAAGCACAUUGUACAAGAUGCCUUGGAAUAUAUUACUGCUCAUGCACCACCUAUAAAAAGUGCACUUCUUGGAGCUUCAGAUGAGUGGAAAGAAUUCACAUCCAAGCCAGCUUUAAAAUAUGUAUUAAAAUUAUUGACAGGUCUGAGUCAGGGUCAUGAAACUACUCAGCAUUUAGUCAGUGCUGAAUGUAUUCCUAUCAUUCAUAGGUUAGAGCAAGUAUCAAGUGAUGAAAGAGUUGGUUCAUUGGCAGAAAAUUUAAUGGAAGCUAUUAAAAAGAAUCCCAGUGUGGCUCAGAAGAUUGAAGAAGUGCGUAAGCAAACAAAAGAUGAGAAAAAGAGACUUGCUAUGGCUAUGAGGGAAAAACAACUUGGAGCAUUAGGAAUGAGCACUAAUGAGAAAGGCCAAGUUACUGCUACAAGUUCUCUGAUGAAACAUGUAGAAGAACUUGGAGAGGAAUCUGGCUUAGUGUGUAUUAUCUGCCGUGAGGGUUAUAAAUUCCAGCCAACAAAAGUUUUAGGUAUCUAUACUUUUACAAAAAGGUGCAAUGCUGAAGAUUUUGAAAAUCGGCCAAGAAAAACACCUGGUUAUAGCACUGUUACUCAUUUCAAUGUGGUUCAUGUUGAUUGUCAUAUGGCUGCUGUUAGACACGCUCGUGGUCGAGAUGAAUGGGAGAGUGCUGCACUGCAAAAUGCAAACACAAAAUGCAAUGGUCUUCUUCCUUUAUGGGGUCCACAAGUUCCAGAAUCUGCUUUUGCAAGCUGCUUAGCUAGGCAUAAUACAUACUUACAAGAAUGCACUGGUCACAGAGAUGUUGGCUAUUCAUCAACUGUUCAUGAUCUGAAAUUAUUACUCCAAAAAUUUGCUUUUGAAAAAUCAUUUAGUGAAGACAGCGGUGGAGGUGGGCCACAAAGCAAUAUGCAUCUUAUUCCUUACCUUAUUCAUAUGACUCUUUAUGUUAUAAAUACAACACGUUUUGUGAGUAGUGAAGAGAAAAACAUCAUUAAUUUCCUGGAAAUGCAACGUAGCAAAUGGGUAGAAAACUGCUAUGAGCUUGAAGGUCCUAUGUAUUGGAUGACUAUGUGUGUGAUAGUUUUUCCCUCAUCCAAAUGGCAAAAACUCAAGUUGAACUUUUUGAAACGAAUUUUAAUUCUUUCACAAGCAAGGCAUGUCAGUCCUCAGGGAACUGCAAGUCUAAGUGAUACAUCAGUAAAAGAUUUCAGUGUAUAUAAAUCGUAUCUUCUGUUCUUUGGAUUAAUAGAUGGCCUUUAUAAGAAAAUGUUCAAGAAAGUAGCUGUUACUGAGAAUGAAGAAUGGGCUAUUGUACUGGCUGAUUAUAUUCGACAAAAUGAUCAGCCACUUUUGGAAGCUGGUGAUAAUCUGCUGCGUUUCUUUGAAGAUGAUCUGUUGCCAGUGCAAUCUUUUGCAGAAUUCUGUGAUGUUUUGGAUCUUUUGCACGAUAUCCCAGAUCCAGCAAGCUUUCUAGAAGACACGCUGCAUAUCGUUGAUCUUCGUGAUUCAUGAUUAUUUUGCAAUUCAAAUCCUUGAAUUCCUGUAUUUUUUCUUUAGUUAAUAACACUCUAACUAAUAGAGGAUUUUUAAAGUAUUUCUUUGUUUAAAUGAUUUUUUGUUUUUACUUUAUAAUUUAUAAGAAAAAAAUUGGAGCAUUAAAAUUGUAUUUUGUUUGUGUCUUAA